UUCUUGUUCAAACCGAAAUGUGGAAGAAGAGGCAGAAUAAAGCACAUACAGAGAAGAAGAAGAGGGGGGGACGCAUUAGAAAAAGAAUGCAGACAAGAAACGGAACAAAGCAAGCAAAUUUCAGAGAUGUGCAGCUAUUGAAUCCAGGGACUAAGUCAAUCACCUGCUCUACCUGACUAUGGAUCUAUUACACUCUUCUGAUAGUUAUAUCUGUGGCAUGUGCAACAGAACAUUUCAAACCCUUUCUUCUUUCCAUCAACACUGCAUCAGCCACAAUGGUGCUGGAUCCUUUUACUUUGACAGUAAAACAAACACAGGUUAUCCAAAAUUUGACCCAAAAUGUUGCUACACGCAAGUGGAACAGGUGUUUUUUGACCUGAAUGACUUAGAUCGUGAUUCUUUUGAGUCUAUAAAAUAUGGUCAGCCUAGGGACAUAUGUGAUGCAACUCAACAUUUCAGUGAUGAACCAGAAGCAUUAUUAGGCUGUGAAAAUACUGAGAUGAUUGAGAAAGUCACUUUGAUCAACCAUGAACAUGAAAUUGAAAAUUCAAGUACUUUGGAUACAGUUCUUGCAGAAGUUGACAGUGAACACGUUUCUGCAAAUAAAAUUAGUGACAAAACAGUUUCAGUGGAGGUCCGGAAUUUAAGAAUUGAAAAUGGUUGCAUCUUGUUUGACAUGGACAACUCUUUAAGUCAUUUGUAUGAUGCAACUGUUGAUUUAAUUCUGAAGAAUAUAGCUGAUUUCGGAGAAGAAUGGCUUAAGAAAGUUGACAGGAGCUUUACCCUGGAGGUUCCAUCAUCGGCUCAUCCUGACAUGACUAUUGAUGUACCCUGCUACAUUGAGGACAGAGUGACACCUGCAGAUCAUGGCUGUAUACCCAGUAAAGGUAAUGGAGCAGGUAUGGACCCUGCAGAUCAUGGCUGUAUACCCAGUUAAGGUAAUGGAGCAGGUACGGACUCCAGUGACACCUGCAGAUCAUGGCUGUAUACCGAGUAAAGGUAAUGGAGCAGGUAUGGAUCCUGCAGAUCAUGGCUGUAUACCCAGUAAAGGUAAUGGAGCAGACAUUGUUACCAAACCUAGUGGAAAAGAGUCUCCCAAAGACAAGGUUUUGAAAAAUGAUUCAGAAACACACGCUGCAUUAGAUAAAAACCUGGUUAAAGCCGCAGCUGGAACCGCAGUUGUAAAAAUAAGCUCUGGUCGUCCCGUUCGAAACAGGCGUCCCACACAAAAGUUUGUUGAUAACAAAUUUCUGAGUGAUUUAGUUAGUAUAACUUGCAAAAACGGUAAGCACAAUUCUGAAUCAUUUGUUAAAAUCACAUCAUCCAAAGGAGGUAAAAAGUGCGGAAAUUAUGGUAAUGUGAGUUUGACUGAUAAAUGCUCUGAUAAUGAUGACAUAGAAGUUAAUGUACAGGCGGAUUUACUGUGUGACUGUCAAACUGGUACAUCAAAAAACGCUGAUUCGAAUGAAGUAGUGACAAAAAUUAAUCAAUUUAAGGUAAAUGUGGGGGAAAGUGAAUUGGUAGAUACUGACAAUGUGAUACCAGAUACAAAAAAGCUAAAUACAAAAAAUGAGAAACCUGUAAUUGACAUGCCAUCAAAAGAGAAAUGUAAAGAAAUAGAUAUAAGAUUGGUUAAGAAAAGGUUGAAUAAGUCUGAGCCAGAUGGUGAUGAAGCCAAUAGUCUAUUUAGAAAGGAGCGAAUAAAUAAAGAGAUCAGAGGACCUAAGCAGUACAAGUGUGAGACAUGUGGGAAAUAUGGCAGCCUGGCGAUGUUGCGUUAUCACAGAGAAAUGCAUUCUGGGAAGCUGAACUACGUGUGUGACCUGUGUGGAAAAGCCUACUCAACCAAAGCCAGCCUAAGGGCUCACAAGAUACACCAUGCAGACAAGCAGUUCAGGUGCCCCCACUGCCCGGCCGCGUUCUACCGCAAACACUAUCUAGAAAACCACAUGUUCAAACACACUGGGGACGACCCUUACCGACACACGUGUGAGAUCUGCGGGGAAAGAUUCAAGGAGUCCUACAUUCUACGGCGACACGUAGCAACAUUCCACCAGCAGAUGCGCAACUAUGAGUGCGACAUUUGCCUCGAGAAGUUCUUCCGAGCGUCGACUCUGAAGCUGCACAAAAAACGCCAUUUCGAGGCGACAUUGCCCUGCCGAUUCUGUGACAAGAUUUUCAAGGUCGACCUUGAUCGUCGAAAACACGAGUUGACCCACAGCGAGGACAAGCAAUACAGUUGUCCUCGAUGUGCUCAGAGUUUCCGACAGAUUUGGCCGUACUAUCGGCACAUGUGGAGGAUUCACAACAUUCCCAAAGAUCAGGCAAAAGAGAUGAAAAUCAAGAAUCCUGAUAUAGUUAAUAUGCGGAAUAUAAAGAUAGAGUAUUCACGUCUGAAAGAGGUUUCUACAAAUGUUAAUGAAUCUAACAACUUGAGAGUCGUUCAACAGGUUGUGAAGAAAAAUGUAAGAAAGGGCAAAAUGCCCGGUGGGUAUGCAGAAAUUAGUGGGUUUAAUUAUAAUAAUGGGAUGAUGAGCAGAAGUGAUCAGUGGGAAGCCAUGGAACAUGAGGAAGUGGCCUAUUCAGAGACAGAAAGUCACAUGGUGGAGCUUAGUGAUACAAACAAGAUGCAAAUGUCUGUGGAAGGAAGAAAUGGGAGAAAUAUUGUGAUAGAAACUGGAGAUCAUGUUGACAGACAUGCUGGUGUGCAAUACGUGGUCAGUGAUGGAGGACCUGUUGAUGAACAAUUAGGUGACACCAUCAUUUUAAACAUGGACGAUGGUAUUGGUCAAGAAGAAACGAUAGUCAUUAAGGCCUCAGAUCUUCAUGAACACUUGGAGUAUGUGCUGCUGGACAGUGGUCAGCUGGUCCAGACUGGACAGGAUGCUGAACUGGUAAUCUACUCAGACUAUCAGACAGAUGAAGUGGUCACUUCUGGUGACUAGACAGCUAAGCAGUGGUCAGCUGCUCCAGACUGGACAGGACUCUGAACUGGUCAUCUACUCGCUCUAUCAGACAGAUGAAGUGGUCACUUCUUGUGAAUAGACAGCUAAGCAGUGGUCAGCUGCUCCAGACUGGACAGGACUCUGAACUGGUCAUCUACUCGCUUUAUCAGACUGAUUAAGUGGUCACUUCUUGUGAAUAGACAGUGGACAGUGGUCAUGUGGUGCAGAUUCAACUGGACUUUGGUCUGGUCAUUUACCUUGACCACCAGACCCAAUUAAAGGAUGAAAAGUGUUAAACUUGUUCAGACUGCACUCUAAUUUGCUAUUAAUUGGCAUUGAUUUAUAUCAAAAUGCGUAUUUGUAUUAAAAUGGCAUGUCAAUGUGACGGAAAUUGGAAGAUUAAAAAGUUAAUUUAUGUUA